UCCAUCCAUCCAUCAGCUCAUCACCCACCUCCCCUCCUCCCUCGAUCCACCGCUUCCAUCUUCCUCGCCUCCAUCAACCGAAGCGCGUAGUUCGUCCGUCGAGCUCGCGCGACGGCGAUGGCCGCGCGCAAGCGACCUGCUGCUGCCGUCCUCGGCGCCGGCCACGCCACCACCACCCAAGGAUCGCCGACGCGCUGCAAGAGGAGCCGCGUCAACAACAUCCGGAGCAGCGCGGACUACGAGGAGAAAACAUGCCUCGGCGAGGGCGGCUUCGGCAGCGUCCUGCUGGCGCGCCACCGCGCCACCGGCAAGAUCGUCGCCAUCAAGUACCUCAACUGGGAGGACGGGUCCGCGGAGCCCCCCGACGCCACCGAGCUUCUGCGAGAGGCCGGAUUCCUCGAGGCCUGCGACGGGAACCCUUACGUCGUCGGCUUCGAGGGCCUGGUGCGCGACCCUGAUAACGUCGCCUACGGCCUCGUCAUGGAGUACGUCGCCGCGCCGACCCUCCAUGAGUUCCUGUGGAACAGGCGCCGCGGCGGCGGCCCGCCGCUGCCGGAGUCCACGGUGCGCGCCAUCAUGUGGAAGUUCUUCACCGGUGCCAAGAAGAUGCACGACCGCCACGUCGUCCACCGCGACAUCAAGCCGGCCAACAUCCUCAUCGGCCAAGAAGGGGAGCUCGUCAAAAUCUGCGACUUUGGGCUGGCGAUCUCCUUGUCCGAGCUGCCGCCGUACACCCAGGCCGGCACGGCGUUCUACUUGGCACCCGAGAUGCUGCUGGGGAAGGAAGACUACGACGCGCUCGUCGACACGUGGUCUCUCGGCUGCGUCAUGGCCGAGAUGCUCACCGGCAAGACUCUGUUCCUCGGCGAUGAUGAUGAUGACGACGAUGACGACGACACAAACAAUGAGAUCAUCCAACUCUGGAGCAUCUUCCGCUUGCUCGGGACGCCGGACGACAGGACGUGGCCGGAGUUCACAUCGUUGCCGCACACCGCCAAGGCCCUACGACUCCUACCGCCGGGGCACAAGGAGAACAAGCUGCGGGACCUGUUCCCUCAAGAGAAGCUGUCCGACGAAGGAUUCCAGGUGUUGCAAGGCCUCCUCACCUGCAACCCCGACAAGCGACUGACGGCGGCCGCGGCCCUCAAACACCGAUGGUUUGCUGCUCCUCGUCGCGCACCCGCCGCGGCAAAGGUCGACGCUUUGUCGUUUCCGGUAAAGAAGGCACCAAGGAUCAAGUUCAUCCCGCCGGCCAUGCAACAGAAGAAUCUACUCAAAAUUCCCGUCGCUGUGUGGAACGCAGCACAACAAGUGUAAUUGAACUCUCCAAAUGUAUCUGUGAUUGGAUGAUCCAUCUAUGUAAAUGCUUCGAUGACUAUCAAGCAGAAGUAGAUCCUUUGGCGCCUUGAUCGCCGGAUCGCCCAUUAGUGUUGUGUUGGCCUGUUUCUCUGAAUUGUAUGUGUCAUUCUGCACACAUCCAGAGAAUCAGAGAUGUGUAGUUCUGACGUAGUGUUGACAUGUUGUUUACAGUGAGUUAUACUUAUAGUGCACAAUACGUGCGGUUUUUCCAAAAUCCUCAACUGAUGACAAAUAUAUAUGUAGAGUACAAAUGCUCUAAGCAACAGAAAUCUGGAGUGAU